UCGAUGCUCAUCGCUUAAUUUCACAAUGGCCUACGCUUCUUAUCUAGCUAUUGCUGUAGCACUGGGGCUUAUGCUCCACCAAAUGUACUCUGCAUACAAAGUGCGGCGGCAACAGCGACUCCUCCAUAUCCCUAACGUCAAAUUUGACCACGAUGAUACCCAAGCCCAUUAUAUAUCCAACACCAGGGAAAUCCUCCAUGAGGGUUACAUCAAAUAUGGCAAGAAAGGACAAGCUUUCAGGAUCCGCAAUCCCGUCGAUGAAGGACGUCCGCAGGUUAUCAUGUCCAAGAACUACUUAGACGAGGUGAAAAAUGCAGGAGAAGAUAUUCUAAGCUUCCCUCUUUACUCUAUCCAGUCAUUUUUGUUGAAACUAAGUGGUUCCAUCCUUCCAUCUGCUGCCGCAACGCAUAUUUCCCGGAUCGAUCUGAAUAAGAAUCUCGGUGAGAUAGCUCCUGCUAUGAAGGAUGAAUGUGUUGAAACCUUUAAGACUGUCAUCCCCUCAUGCGAAGAUUGGACCAUUCUAAAGCCAUGGGAUACCUUUCUACCUACUGUUGCAAGGAUUACGGGUCGAAUCCUUGUGGGACCUGACUUGUGCCGAAAUCCCGAAUGGAUCGGGCUCACUAUCCAGAAUACACAAAGCAUUAUGAAGCACGCCAUGGGUAUUCGCGCUAUCUACCCCAAGAUGUGGCAAUGGUUGGCCCCAUGGACAUACCCAGGAAGACAUGAGCUGCCGGCACUACGCAAGAGGGCCGCAGAGCUUCUUGAACCGGUUUUCUUGGAGCGUUUGCACGCCAAAUCUGGAAGCGAGAAACAUAGGGAUGCUAUCCAAUGGCUCAUUGAUGGCUCAGGUGGUAAGCCAACAACUGCCAAGGAAGUCAGUGACUCACUACUUUUCCUGUUCAUGGCGGGCAUUCACAGCACCAGCGCAACCAUCGUCUCCAUUGUCUACGAUUUGAUUGCACAUCCAGAGAUUAUACCAGAGCUCAUUCAAGAGAUCAAAUCAGUUCAGGCCGAGUCUUCGGUGUGGAACAAAUCUAGCCUGGCGAAACUGCGCAAGAUGGACAGCUUCAUGAAAGAAUCUCAGAGGCUUCACCCAGCCGGACUUGUGACAGUUCAGAGAGCCUCUGUACGACCACAUACCUUCUCAGAUGGCCUUCAUGUGCCUGCAAACACACUCAUGAUGUUUCCCACAUAUGAAUUCACUCACGACCCUGAGACGUACCCUGAUCCUGAGAAGUUUGACCCAUGGCGCUUUUAUCGCAUGCGCGAGGUGGGAGACCCUAACAAGUUUCACUUCGCCACGGUUUCCAACGAUUCUACCAACUUCGGGGCUGGCUUUCAUGCUUGCCCGGGGAGAUUCUUCGUUGGGUAUGAGCUGAAGAUUAUCUUAUCGGAGCUCUUGUUGAACUACGAUUUGAAAUUCGCCGAGGGCACGGAAAGACCUCAGGAUGGGCAUCACGAUUUUACAAUCAUUCCGAGUACUCAGACAGAGCUACUGAUUCGGAGAAAGUCUAGCGUUUAGACUGCAGGGAAGCUGAAGUUAUUUGCCAAGAGACAGUACAUAUAAGUUAUCCCAUUGAAUAGUUCCACUCCACUUAUGUAGCUGGGUCCACCAUCUACUGUGGACAGUCGCAACUCUAGGUUUCAAAUCGCCUUAGGUAGAAAAAUCAAUAGUUACAGAACCAAACUUGCAUUGUGUUAAUCUGCAUAGAGAUUUCGAGCUAUCCUCGAGCUUUUUGGACAGAACAGGGCAGUUACUUCGCGUACGCGAUGACUACAGUAUAUCAUGGGUAAGUAGUAAAUGUGUCACAAGACUUCGCAGCAGCUAGCUGUUAACAAAACAUAAUUUAUAGAGGUAUACAAAAUAUUUCAGCAUUCAUGUUAGCACU